UCUCUCCAAGACUAGUUGUCACUUUUUGUAAAUGUAUCCCAAACUUUUUAAUUUACACGAUAACCCCUACAGUGUCUUAAAAACCAUGAAGAACGAGAAGGACCAAAAUGUGGAGACCAAGGAGACGAGCAGGAUCGGUGAGAGAGAAAGAGAAGACGAAGAUGAAGAAGAGAAGAGGAUUGAUACGUUCUUUAAGCUCAUCAAAAGUUAUCAAGAAGCACGGAAACGAAGAAGAGAAGAUUUGGCUGAAAAUUCAGGAGACGUGAGGAAGAAAACUAACGUCGGAGAGGCAUCCGGUGCUGUGGUUCCGGCGUUUCAGCCGGAAGAUUUCUCUCAGUGUGGUACGGAUGUGAAGCCAUUGAUGGCUGUAUCAGAUCACAAGGAAGGGGAUGUAAAGGUGAAAGAAGAGGAGGAAGAAGAAGCAAAGGAGGAAGAAGAAGAAGAAAAGGGUUUGGAUCUUAAUCUUGCAUUGUAAUAAAUUUAAUUUUUUUUGAAAUAUUCACUUUCACUUAGGAUUUGGGAUUUUGACUAAUGAAUAUUUCAAACGUGUGACCGAUCAAAAUAUAAUCAAAUCCUUAAAUGUAAAAUAAGCUAAAAACA